AUGCCAGUAAAGAUAGUUUACGACCCUGAUGGCUCCGCGGGGCGCGUUCCCAACAAGGAUGUCAAGCAUAGGAGUCUUGUCAACGGGAAGGUUAUCAAUGUCAAAAUGGGCACUCCUGACGACUAUAAAAAGGCCCUACAAACCAAAGGAGGUAAUCAACGCCUCAGUGUCAACCCUGAUGUACCGAAGACACUCACUCCCAAGGGUUACACUAAGAUGCAAUUGAUGAUGGGUAUCGCGAAAAAGAAGUAUGACAAUAUCGUGCGAAAACUAAAGGGUACGAACUCCCUCUGGGAGGAUCCUGAUUUUCCUCCGAAUAGCGCUAUUGGGAACGUUGGAAAUCUUCCUAGACUUGAAUGGAAACGACCUAAGGAAAUAAAUUCACGAGCCGAUUUUAUAGUAGCUGGAGCUGACAGAGGAGAUGUUGCUCAAGGUCAACUUGGAGAUUGUUGGCUUUUGGCUGUGAUCUCUUCAAUGGCUGACAUCACCGAGCUCUUUAACCAUAUUGUGCCGAAGGAUCAGUCGAUCCAAGGCCCUGACUACGUGGGCAUCUUCAAGUUCCGCUUUUGGCGGUUCGGUCAGUGGGUGGAGGUGUUGGUAGAUGAUCGCUUGCCCGUGGUGGCAGGUACCAAUCAAAUGAUCUUUAUGCACUCGGAUGAGAACAACGAAUUUUGGUCUCCGCUCAUGGAAAAGGCUUACGCCAAAUUGAACGGGUGCUAUGCCAAUCUGUCGGGCGGUAGUCAAGGUGAAGCAAUGGAGGAUGUAACAGGUGGUCUGGUGGAAUCGUUGGACCUGCAGAAGAUUCCUGGUCCUGAGUUUUACGGUGAUCUGCACAAGUAUCUCAAACGGUGCUGUCUAAUGGGCUGCUCUAUUACCUCCAAAGAGAUUGAGGCCAAAUUGAACAAUGGUCUCAUCGCCGGACAUGCCUACAGUUUAAAUGAUUUGGCGGACGUUACCUACAAGGGUUCAAAGGUCCAUCUGUUGAGAGUUCGCAACCCCUGGGGCAAUAAUUACGAAUGGAAGGGGGCUUGGGCGGACAAUGCGCCACAGUGGCGUGAUGUGAGUGAAGCUGACAAGAAACGUCUACAAGUUCAUUUCGCCGCAGAUGGUGAAUUCUGGAUGUCAAUGGACGACUUUAUAAAGUGUUUCACCAAGGUGGAGGUUUGCCACUUGGGCCAUGAGUCUCUUGAGGAGGGCAUGACAGUGAAGGGAAAGAAACGCCUUGAGGAGACCUUCUUCAGCGGUGAAUGGGUCAAAAAUGUCAAUGCUGGUGGAUGCGCCAACUUCCGAGACACCUAUUGGACGAAUCCGCAAUACAAGAUCACAGUCACGGAUCCAGAUCCGACUGAUGACCAGGAUAAGUGUACCGUUGUUAUCGGUCUAAUGCAAAAGAAUGUGAGGAGAAGAGCAGGCGCCAAUUUCCUCACCAUCGGUUUCUGUGUCUAUAAGAUUGCACCUGAAACAGAGGGCUUGCUGAAACGUGAUUUCUUCAACACGAACCGACCAAUUAACAUCUCCGAAUUCACCAACACUCGUGAAGUGGUCCUCAAAAUACGAGUUCCCCCUGGUUGCUACCUGAUCGUUCCAAGCACCUUCAAUCCCAACCAGGAGGCCCAAUUCAUUAUUCGUGUCUUUACUGAAACUGUCGUCAAGGAGUCUGAAUGUGAUGAUAAAAACAGUUUCAAGGGCUUAUCAGAGGAAAUGAUCAAGGCCAUUAAGGAGGCCGAGAAAACAAAGAAUGAAGACGACUUUGUGGACAGUCUUUUCAACUCCACCAAGGAUCCCGUCACGAAUUCCAUCAAUGCCGAACAGUUGCGUGAAAUUUUGAAUAAAUCCACUAUGAAGGGUAGGCUAAGAACUGCUCGCACUACAUCUGACGUGUUUGCUCAGCGUGAUCGUGAUGGCAGCAAAACUCUCAAUGUCACCGAGCUGCGUGAGUCGCUUAUAAGUGCCGAUGCAUGCUUUGCUCACUUAAAAACAUUGACGCGUCUUUUGAAACUCCACUUUUCAGGUUUCCACCUCUCCAGCCUUGUCUUUACUGUUGUGGUUCAACGCUUCGUCACACAGAAGUUGAACGCGGUGACGUUUGAGGAUUGGAUUGUCUGUUGUGUCCGCUUGAAGAACAGUUUUGAUAAUAUAAAGGCACAGUUUAAGACCAAUGAUGGCAACCUCAUGUUCACUGAAGAUGAUUUCCUUCGGUUGACCAUAAGCCAGUAA